AUGGCUUCUGCGUCUGCCUUGAAGGCGGCAAAGAAGGAAUUACGUUCUGUCAUGAAGCAGAGGCUCCUGACAGUCUCGCCAGAGUCCAUUGGUGCUCAAAGUGCUGCGGUGUUGCAGAGAGUUACAAAUUUCAAGCCAUACCAGGACGCAAAGCGCAUUGGGAUUUACUUGUCAAUGCCUACCGGGGAGAUCCAGACCGAUGCUAUAGUCCGUGACGCACUUGCAUCAGGGAAACAGGUCUUUGUCCCUUACCUUCACAAGUCUCAAAACCAGUCGCCUAAUACUCCCCGUUCGGUCAUGGAUAUGGUAAAGCUUGGUUCAAUGGCAGAUUAUGAGUCUUUAAAACAAGAUAGUUGGGGCAUUCCAUCCAUCGAGCCAAAAACAGUUCAUGAACGAGAACACAUACUUGGAAACUCAACAACCCCAACGGAAGUGGGGCAGCUCGACAUGGUACUCAUGCCAGGUGUGGCAUUUGACAUCGACCCUCGCAAUGGGUUUGUGAGACGUCUUGGCCAUGGAAAGGGAUUCUAUGACUACUUUCUGCAUAAAUACAUACAAGGUCGAGGACCAGCGGUGAAAGAGCUGUCACAUGGUCCAAGGACGGGAGCGUUGCUAUACGGUCUCGCUCUUGACGAGCAAUUCCUGCAAGAAAAUAACGAACAUGCAGUGCCCGUUGGAGAGCAUGACCAUCUUCUGCACGGCUUGUUUAUGGGAGAUGGGAAAGUAGUAGGCAGUACUAUCAACACCACCUGA